CAGCUAGUGAAGCACCCGGGACCGGCCGGCCAGCCCAAGUGACUGCAUGCAUGCCUUAGACGACGAAGGUACUAGCCAGUAGGAACGAAGAAGCAAACUAAACCAGCAGUGCACGAUGGCUGGCACCUACCUGCCCGUCGCCGCCUUCCUCCUCGCCACCGCCGUCGUCGCCAUUCUCGCGGCCACAUCUGCUGUUCCGGUGGCCGCCGCCGCCGCCCACAAGUACAACGGCAGGAUGGUCAUCAUCCGGGCACCCGGGGCAAGGGUCCUCGACGUCGACGACUCUACUGGCGGUGCUCUUAACAGGUGGCAGCAGCGGCGGCGCCUGGUGGAGGACGAGGUGGCGCCGGAGCUCGGCGGCCUGCUGGGGGCGGGCGAUGGUCGCGGCAUCGGCUACAGCGCCUUCGACCGGAACAGGCCGGUGUGCCUGCACGGCUGCGCCCAACCGGGUCAGCACUACACCAGGCCGUGCGCGGCCUCGCACUACUGCCCCAACACCGGCCCUCCCAGGCACGCACGCGCCGUGCAUGUGUGAGCUAACAUAUAUAUAUAUAUAUAUAUAUA